AUGGCGGCUGCUCCAGAGGAAGAGAGCCAACUUCUGGCUGCAAAGAAGACUCAUACUUCACAAAUUGAAGUAAUACCUUGCAAGAUCUGUGGGGAUAAGUCAUCUGGGAUCCACUACGGGGUCAUCACCUGUGAGGGGUGCAAGGGCUUCUUUCGCCGCAGCCAACAGUGCAAUGUGGCCUACUCCUGCACCCGUCAGCAGAACUGCCCCAUUGACCGCACCAGCCGCAACCGAUGCCAACACUGCCGCCUGCAGAAGUGCCUGGCUCUGGGCAUGUCCCGAGAUGCUGUUAAGUUCGGCCGAAUGUCCAAGAAGCAGAGGGACAGUCUCCAUGCAGAAGUGCAGAAACAGCUGCAGCAGCAACAGCAACAACAGGAACAAGUGGCCAAGACUCCUCCAGCAGAGGGCCAUGGCGCAGAUACCCUUACAUAUACUUUGGGGCUCCCAGAUGGACAGCUACCACUGGGUGCCUCACCUGACCUGCCUGAGGCCUCUGCUUGUCCCCCUGGCCUCCUGAGAGCCUCAGGCUCUGGGCCCCCAUAUUCCAACAACUUGGCCAAAACAGAGGUCCAAGGAGCCUCCUGCCACCUUGAGUAUAGCCCAGAGCAAGGCAAAGCUGAAGGCAGAAACAGCGUCUACAGCACAGACAGCCAGCUUACUUCUGAAAGACGUGGACUUCAUUUCGAGGAAGCCAGGCAUCCCGAGCUUGGGGAACCAGAACAGGGUCCAGACAGCAACUGCAGUCCCAGUUUCUGCAGCGCCCCAGAGGCACCGUAUGCCUCUCUGACAGACAUAGAGUACCUGGUACAGAAUGUCUGCAAGUCCUACCGAGAGACAUGCCAGCUGCGGCUGGAGGACCUGCUACGGCAACGCACCAACCUCUUCUCCAGAGAGGAGGUGACCAGCUACCAGAGGAAGUCCAUGUGGGAGAUGUGGGAGCGUUGUGCCCACCACCUCACUGAGGCCAUUCAGUAUGUGGUGGAGUUUGCCAAGCGGCUCUCGGGCUUCAUGGAGCUCUGCCAGAAUGACCAGAUCAUACUACUGAAAGCAGGAGCGAUGGAAGUCGUGCUCGUGAGGAUGUGCCGGGCCUACAACGCUGACAACCACACAGUCUUCUUUGAAGGCAAAUAUGGCGGCGUGGAGCUGUUCCGAGCCUUGGGCUGCAGCGAGCUUAUCAGUUCCAUAUUCGACUUUUCCCACUUCCUCAGUGCCUUGCGGUUCUCUGAGGAUGAGAUCGCCCUCUACACGUCCCUGGUUCUCAUCAAUGCCAACCGGCCUGGGCUCCAAGAGAAAAGGAGAGUGGAGCAUCUGCAAUACAGUCUGGAGCUGGCCUUCCAUCAUCAUCUCUGCAAGACCCAUCGCCAAGGCCUCCUAGCCAAGCUGCCACCCAAAGGGAAACUCCGGAGCCUGUGCAGCCAACACGUGGAGAAGCUGCAGCUCUUCCAGCGCCUCCACCCCAUCGUAGUCCAAGCUGCCUUCCCUCCUCUCUACAAGGAGCUCUUCAGCGCUGACUUUGAGCCCCCGAGGGGCUAACCAAGCGACCCCAGGACAGACAACUGUCUGCUUCCUUCAGCUGAUGGAUGGCCCUGUCUCCCUGGACUCCGUUCCCUCAGCCUCCCCCUUCUCGCACUCUCUGGGGGGUGGUCUCCCUAGGAGUGAGCAAAUGCUAAGCCUGGUUUUCUGCCCCCAGGCUUGCCUGGCAGAAAAACAGUAGCAGGUGACCGUGAAAGGGCUUGUUAUGUUUGAUUUUCCAUAAGUUCCAUCCUGGCUUCCGGAAGGUGUGGGGUAGAUGGGACAUAAAGGCCUGUAGGAUGACCAAGUCAAACGAACAGGGGGAUAAAUCCAGAUACCCAGGAUGAAGAGAACUCAAUUCUGAGCUUGAAAGCUAACACAGUCCUUUGAAUACCUCAUUGUACUUCCCCUUGGACUCCAGCUGGGGGAGAUGGAUCUAGCUCAGACUGGAUUCUAGCAAGCAGCCAGAAAGACGUGUAUAUAACAAGUAUCCAGAUCCUUGAGAUGUUUCUGCCUUCCUCCUUCUUAGUCCAGUAAAGAAGUCAUUCGCCACCCUGCCCUUUUUCUGGGACCUGGAUAUAUAAAGAGUAAUGAUGGGGUAGAAAUGAGGGGCCAGGAUAACGGGUGUGGAGAGAGGCGACAGUGGAAGCCGAGAGUAUCAUUGACAGAAUUUGAAUGCGAACCUCUGUGUGCACUUUGAAAGUAGGCUUUGUUAGCACACUCUAACCAGAGACACAUACACACACACAGAUGGAGCACAGAGCGACUCUGCCUGCAGUGAUACACCUUUGUAGACACUUUUCCAAUGGUACAAUCUCUCCCUUGAGGUCACAGCUCAGAGAGGCCAGGAGGCGAGGGGUCUUAGGUCUACAGGAUGUCAGAGCAUACUUUCCCAGCUCCAGCUGUCUUCUGUCCCAAGAGCUAUCCCUAAGAGAAGCAGAGGAUUGGACGCUGAUCAGCCAGAGACACCCAAGGACCUGCCGGCACUGGGAGGAUGCCCUGCCCUCAGCCUCUAUCCCGCUCUCUCUAUGAGGAAAGAGAGCAAUGCCGCCCCCUGCUCUGUGCCUGUGGGCCACUGACUCCAGCAUGGGGGAAUGAGUAGGAACAGGGCAGGGACCUGUUUCUCUUCCACAAUCUUGCUCAGAAGUUCUCUCGGCUUUGUAAAGCUGCCGACUCUCCUAGGAGGUGGAAGCAGCAGCAGAGAGGGAGGGAGAUUUUUUUUUUCCUCUCAGGGAAGGGUUUAACU